AUGCAAAAGAGUACUCUCCUUCUGGCUGGUCUCGCAGGGCUCAGCUUCGCUCAGGACAUCAUCCGUGGCUUCAAUAGCGGCGGAAUUGGCCCCAAUGGCGUGAAAUCUCAGCAAGACUUUGAAGCCGAAUUCAACAAAAUGAAGAAUCUCCCUGGUACUUCUGGCUUCACGUCGGCUCGCCUCUUCACCACGAUUCAAGCGAAUACUGCGAAUGAUCCCACCCUUGCCAUCCCUGCCGCCAUCUCGACCAAGACUUCUCUCCUCCUGGGACUGUGGGCCAGCGCGGGUCAGGAUGCCUUCAAUCAGGAGUUGACUGCUCUGAGGAGAGCUGUCGAUCAGUACGGCCAAGCAUUCACCGACCUCAUCGUCGGGAUCUCUGUCGGUUCCGAAGACCUCUAUCGUGUCACGCCUACGGGUAUCGCCAACCAAGCGGGAAUCGGAUCUUCUCCCGACGAACUCGUCAAGUAUAUUCAACAGACUCGCGACAAGCUGGAUGGUCAUGAUGAUUUGAAGAAGAAGAUUGGACACGUGGAUACGUGGACGGCGUGGAUCAAUGCUACCAAUUUCCCCGUCACAGCCGCCGUGGAUUGGAUUGGAAUGGAUGGCUACCCAUAUUACGAAACCGUCAACGACAACACCAUCGACAACGCCGGAAAUCUCUUCUUCGUCUCCUACAACACCACUCUAACCGUUUCGCAAGGAAAACCCGUCUGGAUCACAGAGACGGGCUGGCCAGUCGCCGGACCCAAAUCGGGAGCCGCAGAUGCCACAGUCGACAAUGCGAAAAAGUAUUGGGAUGCAGUGGCGUGUCGACUCCUGGGAAAUGUGAAUACCUGGUGGUUCACAAUGGAUGACACCAAAAAGGACCCGAAUGAGAUUUCGUUUAGUGUGCUAAAGCCGGGUUUGGGUGAUCCGCUGUUUGAUUUGGCGUGUUAG